UAACCGGGAGGUGGAGUAUUUAUAGAGGUGUUGUGAUUUCAGUCUGGAUAGGUGUUGAACAGGAACCUGUAGAGAUGUCUCUCUCUGGCUGGGUGUGUGUGGUGACCGGUGCUUCUCGGGGGAUUGGAAAAGGAAUAGCGUUACAGCUUUCUGAAGCUGGAGCUACAGUCUACAUCACGGGCAGACAGAAGAAGACGCUGGAGCAGACUGCAGCUGAGGUGAGUGAGAGAGGGGGUCGGUGUCUGCCGGUGAUCUGUGACUCGACGAAAGACGACGACAUAAAGGAGCUGUUUGAAAGAAUUAAAAGUGAGCAAAAGGGAAGACUGGACAUCCUGGUGAACAACGCGUACGGUGGAGUGCAGCAAAUUUUUGACAAUAUGGGGAAAACAUUCUGGGAGAUCGAUCCUACUAUUUGGGAUGACAUCAACAACAGUGGUCUCAGGGGUCACUAUGUCUGCAGUGUGUAUGCUGCCCGCAUGAUGGUCGAUCAGGGCAAGGGCCUUAUUGUUACCAUAUCAUCCUUCGGCGGCUUAAGGUAUCUCUUUAACGUGCCCUACGGGAUUGGCAAAGCUGCAUGUGACAGACUGGCUGCAGACACUGCGGUGGAGCUGAAGAAACAAGGGGUGGCCUCUGUGAGUCUCUGGCCGGGUACAGUACAGACAGAGCUCCUUACCCAGAACAUCGUAGAGAAGGACAAUGUUUCAGGCUUCGACCCAAGUUGGAAGCAAGUGUUCAAUCAAGCUGAGACGACAGAGCUGAGCGGAAGAUGCAUUGUUGAACUGGCCAAAGACAAAAAUCUGAUGUCUUUCACGGGGAAAGUCCUGCUGACAUGUAAACUUGCGAGACGCUACGGAAUAAAGGACAUUGAUGGUCGUGACAUCAUGGAUUAUACCUCCCUGAAGUUCCUCCUCACUCAGUCUCCGCACAUGUCCUGGCUAUCAGUCAUCACGCCUUCAUUUAUCAAAGUGCCAACAUUUGUCUUCAGCUUGGCCGCCAGCAAGUUCUGAUCAGCAUGAAGAGACUUAUAUUUAUAUCGUUAUUAAUAAAGGAAAUCUGAAGUAAACAGUCAUAACAAAGAACAUAUCACAUGUCUGGAUGUUGAUGCCAUUUACAUCGAAUUCACAUAGACACUGUGCUACAUUUAACUACAUUCUGAUAUGUGUGAAAAAGACGCUUCAGUACACUUUUAAAGAAUACACAAUAAACUUUGGAAUCACUUUCUUACAUACAUAAAUUGUUUACAUGAUUAUUGGGGUUAUAAACAGUAUUUAGACUGUGGGUCCAUAGAUUUUAUUACACUAUAUUCAGAGAAUAUUCUAUGCAAAAGAGAGAAUCCAGAGAAUGUACAUUUGUUUGAAUGUAUGAAUGUAGUUUCCAUAUAUCCAUAUGUAUUUCUGUUGUUGGUCCAUUUUUUUAUUGAGAUCUAAUUUUAAUAAAGAAAAAAAUUAAAUGGAUU